AAAGAGCAUUGUUGCAGGAGCAUGAGAUCCAAGAUGUCCAAUGCCUCAACGACUGCCUCUCCGUAAUUGUUGUGCAUGUGGAAACAAAGAACUUGAACUUGAUACCAUGAAUCUGUCAACUGUUUAUUUUUGUUUACUGUUUGUUUAGUCCUUAAACUUAGAAUUACCUAAAUAACGUUUCAGCCGUAAUAUUAGGGAUCUUGUUACAAUUGCAACUCCAAUUGCUGCAGAGUGAGACCUCUCUUUAUUUAACAUCUCUUAGCUACAGCAACGUCAAGUUAGACAACAAAUACACACACAAGACACCUGUGUGGCAUUAAAGAUGAUUGACACAUCUUUUAACUAAUACGAUUAGCGCUGUGGGGCGGGGCCACUGCUGAGUGACCAAUGAAAACAUUUCACUCAGGGGCGACGCGAUAAUCAGGAAGUUAUUUAAAGACGACAGCGACACAGUCAAUUGUUUGGCUACCAGACAGUGUGGAGGACGGAAGCAGCAGCAGAGAGGAUGCGAGGUUAACUUUGCAAAAGUAAACUGUAUCUGAAGUUUAUUGUGUCGUUAGUCUUCUCUGACAAAUCAAAAUGUUCACUUGUCUCCGAGUAUGUCUUCUCCUCCUGGCCCUCCACACACUGGCUGUUGUUGCAAGUAGAGAUCUGUCAGAGAGGAAGAAUGUCCUCCUCAUCAUGGCGGAUGAUUUGCGGACGUCCUUGGGCUGCUACGGAGACUCUGUGGCAAAAUCUCCAAACAUUGACCAGCUGGCAUCCAAAAGCCAAGUUUUUCUCAAUGCAUAUGCACAGCAAGCCGUGUGCGCUCCCAGCCGUACGUCCAUGUUAACCAGCCGCAGACCUGACACCACCAGGCUGUACGACUUCAACUCCUACUGGAGAACCCAUUCUGGAAACUACACCACCCUGCCACAGUACUUCAAAUCCAGAGGGUACUUCACCGCAUCUGUGGGCAAGGUAUUUCAUCCAGGUAUUGCCUCUAACCACUCCGAUGACUACCCCUACAGCUGGUCCACCCCUGCCUACCACCCACCUUCAUUUAGAUACGAGAAAGAAAAGAUGUGUAAAGGAGAGGAUGGUAAACUCCACGCCAACUUGCUGUGUGCGGUGGACGUGUCGGAGCAGCCCGGGGGAACCCUGCCCGACCUGGAGAGCACCGAGGAGGCAGUGAGGUUACUGAAGAGUCGGGCCGACGACGGCGACAACGUUCCUUUCUUCUUGGCUGUGGGCUUUCACAAACCACACAUUCCCUUCAGGAUACCUCAGGAGUACCUGAGUCUAUAUCCCAUUGAUGAAAUGGCUCUGGCCCCGGACCCCGAUGUCCCUACACGGCUUCCACCUGUGGCCUACAACCCCUGGAUGGACGUGAGGAGGAGAGACGAUGUCCAGAAGCUCAACAUCAGCUUCCCCUACGGGCCGAUUCCUAAAGACUUUCAGCUGCGUAUCCGUCAGCACUACUACGCUGCCGUGUCCUACAUGGACGCUCAAGUUGGGCGGCUGCUCGGCGCUCUUGAUGCUCUGGGGCUGUCUGACAGCACUGUGGUGGUGUUCACCUCCGAUCACGGGUGGUCAUUAGGAGAACACGGCGAGUGGGCUAAAUAUUCAAAUUUUGAUGUUUCAACACGCGUCCCCCUCAUCUUCUACGUUCCUGGGCUCACCAGCCACCGCGUUUCGUGGCGAGAGUCUACCUUUCCCUUUAUUGAUGUCUUCAUGCAGCCACAGCGCAGCUUCAAGAAUGACAGAGUUAUCAGAAACGUGGUGGAGCUGGUGGAUGUUUUUCCCACCGUCUCCUACCUGGCUGGCCUCAAAGCACCUGCAUCGUGUCCCGUCAUUUCUUUCCAGCUGAAACCACGGUUUCCUGUCGUGUCGAGCUCCUACUUCACAUUUUCCACAAGUUGCAGCACAAGAACCGAACAGAAAACCUUCAGGCGCCUUCUGUGCAGUCAGUUCAACUGGAGCGCGCAUCAACAUUGCCAAACAAAGUUAAUGGAAGAAGAGUUGUGUACAGAAGGAGUCGACCGGGCCCACACCUUCCAUCGCCGAGAACGACGAAGGAAUGGAGAAGCCAUAUCUUUUAGCCAGUACCCUCGACCUGCUGCUACUCCUCAGGUGAACUCUGACCUCCCCGACCUUAAAGACAUAAAGAUCAUGGGUUACUCUCUGCGCUGCUGGGACUAUAGAUACACUCUGUGGCUGGGGUUCAACCCUCAAACAUUUCAGGUGAACGUGUCGGAUGUCCACGCUGGGGAGCUGUACAUGUUGGAAGGUGACCCUGGUCAGGACCAGAACAUCUACAGCGAGUCCGACCACAGUGUGAUGAUGGCAAAGAUGGCAGGCCUGCCUCGGACUGUGGGUGUGCAGAUGAGAAUGAGGCUGCAGCUCCUCUACCUCUCAGCAGGGAGGAAGACCAGCGGAGGGAGGGAAUAAAACCGCAACAGAUGGACGGAUGGAGACGAGUACAAAGGGAAGAUGGAUGGAUGAAAAACUCUAGAAAGGGAGGAUGCCUUGAAUAUUUCUUCUACUAUAAUGCCUACUUGAUUUAGCAUUACAUGACGUCACUAUUAAUCUUUCAGGCUCAGUCCUUCAGGCUGAUGUUCCUUGUGAAGAACUCAUUGGCAGGCAGAUCUGUGUUCAACACACCAGCAGAGUGAAUAAGAAAGCACUUUUUUUUUUUUUUUCUUUGACAUGGAGAAACUUUCAUAUAUGCUCAGAUAUUUCUGAUUGGUUGAUCUUACUGCUGCUAAAACCAACGUCCAGUGUUUUCAUUGUCAUCCAACUUGCUGCACCCGGGCAGAAAGAUCCAUACUGUACAGAGGGGGGGGUGGAUUACGGUCUUUAUACUAAGCUUAUUGGCAGCUGCCUCAUUUUAGCGUAGAGAAUACAAAAUCAAACGGCAUCCUUAAACUAUUCCUUUGAAAAACACUGACGCCUGAGCAGCUGACCCAAGAAACCUUUUUUCAGACAACUAACUAACCAACCAACUAACCCAGAAGCAUGAACUCGUGACGGACUCGUCUGAUUGGCCGUGACAGCGAUUACGUCACAUUUCACAUGCUAUCUUGCAAAGUGAUGUCAUCCGAAGGAAUAUUAAGGAAACCUGAAGAAUGAUCCCUCUUUCAUAAAUGGGGACCCCAGCUUCCCUCUGCGUUCUCUCGGCCGUCCGUCUGCCUCAGGGUGUCGUCUCUCCAUGUUGAACAGCUAACAGGGACUCGCACAGUUUUGCACUGUAGUGUUAAACAAUAUGACGUUUCUAUUUGCACUCCAUGUCACUCGCAGCUAUUUGCCUCCCUCCUUGUAAACAGUCGGUUCAGAUCAAUUUGCGGCCCCAGAAUGAAGUGAGUAAAAGCCACCCACAAUAAUUGGAUGCAAAUGAAACGGACUGGAGCUUCGUCGUAUUGCUGUUCCAAUGCAUGCGCUGUGGCAAUUUUCAGAGAAAGCAAUUUCAGCCUGAAUUUCAGGUCCAACAAUGAAUUGCAGGGUUUCGGUCUGUCGACUUUCAUUAUAGGCUACGCUGGCUUCAUGUUAAUGGGAUGCAGAUGAUUCAUGUAAUCAGCAUGGAUCGUAUGUCAGGCGAAGUCUUAUUGAAUUGGCUCACAUUUUCCUUUAAAGAAUAAAAGGUCGACCUGAUUGCAUUUGUGACCGUUGUCUCUGUGGCGUCGGUGGUUUGUGGCGACCCUGCGUCCUUUAGCAGCGGAUGGAAGCAGUGAUGCAGACUGUCCGUACAGACCGAUACCGACGGAAAGAUGAGCUGAUCCUCUACUUUGGUUGCGUCAGAGCAGCUCUGAGUCUGAUCUCCAGCUUUCUGAAGGGAAAAUAAAAAAUACAUGCUACAGAAAUAAUUCAAAUGUGUAGCUUGGCAAGGACAUGCUGUACAUAUAUUUAUGUCUGAUUCGAUAAGUUUGUUUAAAAAAAAUAAAAUAUCUUUGCAGCAAA